GCAUGCGCAAUAGACCGAGCGGAGUCUCUCACGAGGGGCAGGAUUUCUUUGGCUCGUGCUUUUUCGCACCGUUGCUAGAGCUUCGAGAAUCGUGAUCAAGAAGUUUCGUUAAUUCAUCGUGUAGGCGUCAUAUGAUCCAGCAGUUAACAUGCCUUUUAUGCGUGGACCAUCUCCGAUUCGUCGGACACUUCAAUACUUGGAGAAAGGUCGUCUUGUUUUCAAAGACAGAGUGAAAAUCAUGAGCCUCAAUUAUAACACAGCGGGAAGAGCGCGAGAACGACACGAAGGUAUGAAGGAGUUUGUCUACUGGUACCUACCACAAGUCCAGUAUAGGAACCCUGAUCUCCAAGUUGUCAUCUUCAAAAACAUCACACCCACGCCAUUCGCUAGGUUUUGGUUAGACGACGGGAAGGAAGUCAUCAUGGACGUAGAUAGCAAAGACAAGGACCAAAUCCUGCAGCAGAUGCUUAAAAUUCUGGGAAAAUCGAAAGAACACCUGGAGAAAGAAGCACUGUUGCGCGAGAAGAAAGACACUCCGGCAAACUUUGGAGCCAAUUACGCCAAGUUUUGUAUCUGUGAAGUGCCAGGUCAGGUUCCCUGCUCUGGUAUAGUGCCUCUUCCAAAACACAUGCGUGGGAAGUACAGAAAUGCCGAGUCAGUCGAGUAGCCUCAAGUCACACAUCAAUAAACUAGUUGUCUAUAUUAUAAUGCUCCUAUCCA